AUGGCCGCUGCUUACUCUGCACUAACUUCUGUGUUGGUAACCAUAGACAAGCUUUUACGGUCCAACGAGAUUCAUAAGCAACAAUUGGAAUCACUCUACGUGAUGUUUGACACUCUGCAAAAGUCACUAAUUGGCAAAUGUGAUGGCGGAGAACCAAUUAUUAGCAAGGAUUUGCAGGUAAGAAUCAAAGAUGUUGCACUUGAUGCAGAAGAUGAAGUUGAAUCACUUAUUAUUGAUCUGGAUGAUGAUGAUGAUGAAUGUUGUCAUGCGAAGCUUGAUAAGGUCUCUCAAAAGGUUAUACAAGUAACUGAUUCUGUCAAUGAAGAGCUGAUCAUCAAGCAGAAGAUCAACAAUAAUUGUCCAGAAGCUGAUGAAAAUAACGUUUCUCCACGAUUAGAUGAUUCAAUCCGUGAGAACGUUAUGGAAGGGUACACUAAAGAAAGAGAAAAUAUGGUUGAAAGACUUACCAAAAGCUCAGGAGCAAAUAAACUGCAAGUGGUUUCUGUUGUGGGGAUGGCGGGCAUAGCUGAGCGCGUACAACAGGGUUUGAAGGGAGAAAAGUAUUUGAUUGUUGUGGAUGACAUAUGGAGCCAAAACACUUGGGAUAGAAUUUCACAUUGGUUUCCAGAUUGUGGUAACAGAAGUCGAAUUUUGUUGACUUCUCGAGACAACAAGGUUGGUGAGUAUGCUGCUACCAAUCCUAAAGAUGGUUUGGUACUGAUGCGUCCUCUGACGCAAGAUGAAAGUCGGUGUCUGUUUUACCACAAGGCAUUUGGGAAAAAUUACAGUAUUAGAGGGUCAGAUAUUGAUGAAUUCGAGAAGGUUGGAGAGGAAGUUAUAACAAAUUGCAAAGGAUUACCGCUAAUGAUUACUGCGGUUGCUGGUAUACUCUCUAGCAAGAGUAAACUGGAUGAGUGGAUUAAAGUAGCUCAAAAUGUAAGCUCAUUAGUAAAUGAUGAUGCUUACAAACAAUGCUUUAAUGUGGUUGCUUUGAGCUACAAUGAUCUUCCUCCUCUUAUGAAAGCUUGCUUUUUGCAUUUCGGAGUUUUUCCAAAAGCCCAUGUCAUUUCUGUGAAGAAGUUGAUUAGAUUAUGGAUUGCAGAAGGACUCGUAAAUCUAAAGGGAGUUGAGGAAUUUGAACAAGUAGCUGCACGUGUUUUACAUGAUCUUAUUGGGAAAAGUCUAGUUAUUAUUGACAAGCGAAGUUUGAAUGGGCAAAUUAAGACAUGUAGGAUUCAUGAUCUUUUUCAUGAUUUUUGCUCGAAGGAAGCUGAAAGCGAGAAUCUUCUGUAUGUUGUUGGUUCAGAUUCCACCAAUGUUUCUCAAUUACCCACAAAUUUCCGUCAAUGUUGCAGGUGGAUGUCAGUUCAAUCAGAACUUGAUGAUCCUUACUCUAGUCAGUAUACUCCUAUUGAAAUACGCUCUCUUUACGGAUAUCAUAAAUAUUUAAAAACAAGACUUUUUCAUUUCAAACUAGUAAGAGUAUUGGACUUGGAGAAAUAUAAAAUCUCAAGACUCAGUAAAAUUACUGAAGACCUUGUUUGUUUAAGGUAUUUGUCUGUCAUGACUUAUGACACUUUUGUAGAUCUCCCAGUUACCAAUCUUUGGAAUCUACAGACUCUCAUUUUAGUUAAGAAUGAUUUUUAUUUACAUGAAGUCUUCACUUUUCCAAAAGAGAUUUGGCAAAUGUCACAAUUAAGGCAUCUUUAUGCAAAAGGCAUUUCUCUAUCUUCUCCUGGAGAUAAGGUUCUCGGAAACUUACAGAGUGUUUCUGGUUUGAGUCCUUCUUGUUGUACAAAGGAAAUAUUUGAAGGGAUUAAGAAAGUGAAAAAAUUGACCAUUCGCGGAAAUGAGGAGGAAUAUCCUACAGAUCUUAAAUGGAUAGAUAAUCUUAAACAUUUGCAAGAUCUGGAGUCACUAAGUAUUGCAAUACAAUAUCUGUUUACUAUGGAUACAACCAGGUUUUUUAGUCUUACAAGUCCAGAUUCUUUUCCACAAAAACUCAAGAAGUUAAAACUUAGCGACACAUGUCUACCGUGGGAAUACAUGUCUAUUAUCAGCAAGUUGCCCGAACUUGAGGUGCUCCAACUGAAGCGCGAGGCCUUCCUUGACAACGAGUGGAAAGCAACAGACCAGAUUGUGUUCCAGAAGUUGAGGUUCUUGCUCCUUGCUGGGCUCAGACUUGUAAAAUGGACAACCACCGCUGGCUCUCAUGAUCAUUUCCCCAGCCUUGAGCGCAUAAUUAUCACAGAUUGCCACUUCUUAGAAGAGAUUCCUCAAAUAUUUGCUGAUAGCAAGACACUGGAGCUGAUUGAGUUACACAAAUGUGAUCCUUCCUUGGUGGCUUUUGCUGAGAAAAUCCAGGAAAAACACGAGGAUUGGGGAAGGAACAAACUUAAAGUUACUGCCUUCAAUUCAGUUGUCAUGUUCUCUUCACUGUUUUUUCCUUUUCAUUACUAUGAUUUGCUACACUUGAUGAGCCGACAUUUGUUCAGAAACAACCUCUCUACUUCCACAAGUGUCGUUCGAGGAAUGGUUCAGUUCUCUCUAGAAGAAACAGGGGAUUUUCAGCUGAUCAAUCACAUAAGGAGUAGUCUUUCCUCCUUGUACCGCAUUGUGGUGUUUGCUUAAAUAUAAUAUUUAUUUUGAUUUUUACUUAUACAACUUGUUGUUUGGAUAUGGUUGUUACUUAUUGUAUCGUAUUCUAUUGGUAUUAGUUUAAAUAUAAUGUUUCUUUUGAUUUUUAUAUA